AUGGUGGAGGUGCAACAUAAGCCAUUCAUGACUAUAAAUCGAAAGUUGACUGAAGUGCAUGAGAAAUUCAUUCUUGAUUGUUCAAGGGCUAAUAUCGGCCCCACGUUGACUUUCAAAUUCCUGAAAGAGGUAUUGGGAGGCUACCAAAUGGUGGGGUGCACCGUUGGGGAUAUACGUAAUGCAUCUCGAGACAUUAAAGCUUACGCUCAAGGUUAUGAUGUUCAGAUGGUUUUGGACGAGAUGCGUAGGAAGAAGGAACUAUAUGAUGCAUUUACAUAUCACUUUGAAGUUAAUAGUGAAAAUCAGUACUGUAUGAUUUUUUGUCCAUUUACUAGUAAGGAUAAUCAUGGGAGACCUGUUACAUUCGCUGCUGGUCUAGUUUCGAAUGAGAAGACAUGUGCAUUUGCUUGGUUGUUUAAACAUUUUAUUGAGUGCAUGGGUGUCGCACCCAAGAUGAUGGUCACAGACCAAGAUUUGGGCAUGCGGUCAACUAUUGAGGAAAUUAUAGUUGGCACUAGACAUCGGUGGUGCAUGUGGUAUAUAAUGCACAAGCUUUCGUUCAAAGCUCCGAAGAGGCUCCUCACAGAUGAACAUUUCAAGAAGGAUUUCCAUGCUUGUGUGUGGUCCGAAUUACACGAACCGGAGGAGUUUGAAGAAAUGUGGGAUGCAAUUAUUGUAGAAUAUGGUCUAGAAAAUCCUCGAUUAAAUCUUGCUGAAUUCUAUUUGAGUUUCAAUAAUGCGUUGGAAUCUCAACGUCAUUCUAAUGCAAAGCUGAACUAUGCAGAUUCUACUCUUGUGCCAAUUUUGGCCACUGACCAGCCUUUCGAAAAGCAUGCAUCCACAUUGUUUACCGACUCUAUGUUCAGGAGAGUGCAGGAAGAAAUUGUGGAGGGUUGUAACAGAUGUCGGAUUGUUGGUAUGUCAUCCGAAGGUGUGAUUGAUUGCUAUAAAGUAGGUGAUAGCCACCGAAACACAUUUGUUGUGACGCAUGACAAGACGGACCAGUCUUACGUGUGCGAAUGCAAGUUGUUUGGCAGGUGGAUGAAGAUGGCAAAGGCUGUACAUGGAUACACGGCUAAUGUGUUUCAAAACACUGAUGCCCAAGAUGAGAAAUUGAUUUUAUCAAAUGAAUUGCGCGCUUUUUCUGGUGGUAUGAGAGAUCUGAAGACUAGUAUAGACACUGAUUCUCCACCUAUAUCUGCAGUUGAAAAAAGACGGAUGGUUGAAGAGUUUUAUGGAAUGGUCAGACCACAAGUUGUUGAAGUUCACCCUCCUGACGUUAUCCAAACAAAGGGGUCAUGUAGUACAAAUAGCAAGCGUAUAAUUUCAAAGAGGGAGAAGGCUAUAAAAGAGUACAAUAGACCUUUGAGGAGAUGUAUGAAUUGCCUAGAGAUGGGCCAUCACGAUUCCCGGAAUUGCCCAGAAAACGUGAAUGGUAAGGGCAAGGAGAAAUGCUGA